AUGUUAGCUGCUGGGGUUGCCCCCAACUCUUACACUUACACUGUUUUAAUCAAGGGACUCACUACUGACCCCAACUUUUUUGAAGAUGCCAAGAAGUGCUUGCUUGAGAUGAUGGACAAGGGGAAGCGGCCCAAUGUUGCUACUUAUAUUGCGGUGAUAGAGGCCUUUGCAAGGCAGCUGAGGAGGAGGGAUAUGUCAAAUGGCCUCAGACUUGCCUCUGAGCUUAGUUGCAGAGCUGUGGACGUGGAACCUGAAUCAAGUUUUGUUGUUUCGAUAGCUUGGAAGAGUUACAUCCUCUCUACAGCUUCAGAUACAGCUGCAAAGGUUCCACAUGCUAGAAGGACCAAUGCAGCUACCUACACUACGGUGAUAGAGGGUUUUGCAAGGCAGGAAGGCAGGGUAGCUGAGGAUGAGGGCAAAGAGUUUGUGGAGGUGAUGAUGGGUAAGGGGUUAAUUGUGCCUAAUGCAAAGGCAAUGAGGGAGGUUUUAAAGGGGAAACCAACAUCUGUUAUUCGAAGGGUCAUGAAUAUUGUCCUUUCCAAGUUGAAAGGCUGA